UCUGAAGAGAGUGAGACUGUAGUGCAGUGCUUUUCAUUCAACACAACAAUUUCAACAAGAUGACACCUCCGAAGCUUAUUUUAUAUCUGACAUGCAUGCUCUUGGGGGAAUUUGCCGAGAUGAAUCAUCUAAAACAACCCAGAAAUGUGAAUCAAGAGAGAAGAUUUAUAACUACUAAUGUUGGAGACAGUUUGACUUUGGAAUGUUUUCAUGACAGUGAUGCCGCAAAGUAUUACUGGUAUAAGCAAACGCUGGGACAGAAGCUACAGCUUAUCUCCAAUACCUAUAAAUUUGACAAAAAUGGGACUUUUUACGAUGAGUUCAAGGACAAUCCACGCUUUACACUGGAAACUGAUGUAGGUAUAAACCACUUAAAAAUUUCCAAUGUACAAAUCACAGAUACAGCUACUUAUUUCUGUGCAAGUGGUCUUUCAUUUGUGUUUGAAUUUGGAGAGGGAACCAAAGUCAAUGUAAAGAAUUCAGGUUUGAGCAUCAAAGCUUUAAUCCAGCAGUCCGUAUCUGAGACCAUCCAGCCAGGAGGUUCUGUGACUCUGAACUGUACAGUGCAUACUGGGACCUGUGAUGGAGAACACAGUGUUUACUGGUUCAAAACCACAGAAGAAUCUCAUCAUCCAGGACUCAUUUAUGCCCAUGGAGGCGGGAAUGAUCAAUGCAAGGGGAAAAGCAGCACACAAACUAACACCUGUGUCUACAGCCUGCCAGUGAAGAGUCUGAAUCGGUCUCAUGCUGGAACCUACUACUGUGCUGUUGCCUCAUGUGGACACAUACUGUUUGGGAAUGGGACAAAGUUGGACUUUCACGGAGAUGUGGACUCACCGCACUUGGUGUAUAUUUUGGGUGGAGCUUUGAUAUUCAGCAUGAUUCUUACCGGCUUUCUGGCGUUCCUAAUAUACAAGAUAAAUGGGAGAAACUGCUGCCAACACAAAGAAUCUCAUGUAGGCCAUUCAUCUCCCCAUGCAACAAAUGCAGAGGGUUACCGCGAUGCAGACAGCCUGCAUUAUGCUGCUUUAAGUGUAAACCAGACAAACCGAUCAAGAAGACUGAAGGAUAACACCUCGAGUGAAUGUGUGUACUCCAGUGUAAAGCCGUGA